AUGUCCCCUACAGAAGAAUCCGCGCACAAGCGCAACGCCUCGGCCACCAGCGCCGUCCAGACUACCCCGCCUCCCGCGAAGCGCUCCUCCGUCACCGCCCUCCCGCCCGCCCGCCGAGAGUUUCCGCACGCCGUUGCCCUUGUCCUCUACCGCGACGGCGGCGACGGCGACGCCUCGACGACCACUGUCCUAGGCGCCUACGCCGGCCUUGCGGACGCCAACGCCGAGGUGCAUAAGCUGGCGCGGGAACAGGGUGUCGAGGCCGCCGGCAAGGACGCCGGGAGCGACGUCACCCCCGCGAGGUGGGACGCCCCCGACGGCGCCUCGUGCUGGGUUGAGAUGCACGCCGUCAAGCCCAAGAGCCUCUUGCCAAAGACUGCGUCGGCCGGCGGGUCCUCGCCGACAGGGCAACAGCCGCCUAAGAAGCUGUAUGAUGCCGAGGAGGGAGAGGACCCGGACCUGGAUGACGACCAGGACGAGGGCGGACACUACGACUAG